AUGUCCAGCGAGACCACCCCGUCCCAACCUGCAGUCACGGCCGAAGACUGCAAAGAAGCACAGCUUUCUCCGGAUCCAAAUCCCACCACCGAGCAACGCGACUUCUCAGUCUUCACGGUCGGUCAGAAGAGAGCUAUCGUGGCCACUGGAUCACUCGCUGCAUUCUUCUCGCCGCUAUCAUCGAGUAUUUACUUUCCCGCCCUAGAGACGAUCUCACACGAGCUGGGUGUUUCCAUCUCAAAGAUCAAUUUGACAGUCACAACAUAUCUGAUUCUACAAGGCUUCGCGCCCAUGCUGAUCGCUGGCUUCUCGGAUAGUGCUGGUCGACGUCCCGCGUAUAUCAUUUGCUUCACUAUUUACAUCGGCGCCAACCUCGGCCUUGCUCUACAAAAUAGCUACCCAGCCCUAAUGGUCCUUCGCUGUCUACAAUCAGCCGGAAGCAGUGGAACUGUCGCUCUAGCAAACGGCCUCGUGGGAGACACCAUCACAUCCGCCGAACGAGGCUCCUACAUCGCAUUCGCAUCCGACCCUCCCUCUCUCCCCGUCAUCGGCGGCCUAAUAAGCCAAUAUCUAAACUGGCACUGGAUAUUCUGGUUCCUACUCAUAUUCUCCGCCGUAUUUGCCACCUUCCUACUCCUCUUCCUCCCCGAAACAUGCCGGAAAGUCGUCGGCGACGGAUCAAUACCCCCACCAGCCCGAAGCAUGUCCAUAACAGACUCCAUCCGACACCGCAACAGAAAACGCCACGGUAUCCAACCCUCAACACAAGAAAUCGCCGACACGAGAAAAAACUACGCCUUUCGAUUUCCGUCACCCUUGCCGACCCUCCGCGUUGCAACGGAUCUCGAGACCGGCGCUAUUCUCCUAACAACAGGCCUCAUGUACGCAGGCUUCUACGCCGUAAUGACAGGCGCAACCACCACCUUCCACGAAGUCUACCACUACAACAAUAUCCAAACAGCCCUCAUGUACAUCCCCAUCGGCGCGGGAGGUAUCCUCUCAGCUUUCACAACAGGCCGAUUCGUAGACUGGAAUUAUCGCCGUCACGCGGUUCGCGCCGGCCUGCCCGUCCAAAGAAACAGACACCAAGACAUAAGCAACUUCAAUAUCGAAAAGGUGCGCCUCGAACUCGCCAUCCCGGUCUACUACGCGAGUAAUACCCUCAUGAUUGCAUUCGGGUGGGUCAUCGGUAGACGGGUCCACGUUGCGGCGCCGGUUAUUUUGCUGUUUCUUUCGGGUUGGGCUUUGAAUGCUACGUCGCAGAUUCUGAAUGCGCUCAUGGUGGAUCUUUGGCCUGAGAGUUCGGCGGCGGCUACGGCGGCGAAUAAUCUUAUGCGGUGUGAGCUUGGUGCGGCGGCGAGUGCGGCUAUCAAUCCUAUGCGCGAAGCUAUGGGGUGGGGGUGGGCUUUUACGGUGUUGGCGUUUAUUUCAAUUGCGGCGUCGCCGACGCUUUGGGUUAUGACGAGGUAUGGGAUUGGUUGGAGGCAGAGGAGAUUGAAGAAGGAGAAGGAGAGGGUUGAGGAGAAGAGAGGAAGAAAUUAG